AUGGGCUGCUCUCCCUCACGGGGGAGAACACUACUUCCAGGGACUCACGAGUGCCCAGGAGAAUCACAGUCUCGUGAUGGAAGCAGUGGAGAAUCAGAGAGAGGCAACUCAACAUCUCGACCACAUGAGAGGAAAUCCUCUACAGCUGACCGUGAAGCUGAUGGAGCUGCUACUGCCAAACUGAGUACACAGGAAAUUAACAUCAAUAUAUUAUCUCAAGCUAAGGAAAGACAAGAAGAAAAACGAGAAGAUUGUGAGAAAAAAGGAGGAAAGAAGUCAAAGAAAAGCACUAAAGGUGUAAGGUUAAACAAGAGGAAAGAAAAAGAAACAAAGCCUGUUCAUGAAAAAGUUGACUUUCCAGAGGAACUUGUGGAGGCACAUCAAGCAGCAUAUGGAUAUCUUAACCCUAGCAUCACUAAAUAUGAUGACCUGUUGGGAUUACUUGAUCAUGCAACCCAAACCCAAAUUUCCUUGCAACCUAUGGUGGCGUUCAUGGUCUUACGCUAUGAGGAAAUAAACAAAGGGUUGCAGGAAAUAAUAGAAGAGGGAGAGGCUAUGUUUAAAGGAAACGGUGAGCAUCUGGCUUGGCCUUCUGAAAAAAAGAAGUCAUCAACCAAUUCAAAAAAUGCAACUGCUUCAACCUGCAGUGAUCCUCCACCAGACUUGCUACAACAGCUCCUUCAGUACACCGUGCAGAGGAUGCGUCAAGUGGGUCAAUUGGUGUGUGGAAUUGGCGACACCGCACUUGAGGAGGCAGUAGAUUAUUUUUCUUCCAUUGCUGAAAUUCUAGAUGAGAAGCUUAGAGCAAAACGUGCAUCAGAGUCUAGAUUAAUGUGGUUGCUCUCUCGGAUUGAGGCAGCCUCACAGAAAAAACCUAGCCCGGAAGACUCUGCACUGUUUAGUGAAGACAGUGGACUUGGGGCAGAAAGUGAGUCGUUGGCAGGUUCGGACAGACAACGUCAACGCAGAGAAAGCUCUGAGUCAUCUGGAACCAUUUGUGCUACAACAGGUAGUCCUAGUGGUUUUACACCAAUUCACAGAGGCUCGUACAGAGGCAGACUACUCAAAUCGAUGAGCAGUAGCAGCUCUCUAAACUCUAUAGAUUCAACUAGCACUAUUACAGCAAAAGAAAAAAAGGACACAGAAUCACUGCUGGGCUCUGUCUCCUUGGAUGAAGGUGAUUUCAAGAAUGGUAGUGAAAAGGAAAAAUGGAAUGAAAAAAGAAGAAAUCAAUCAGAAGCUUCUACUUCAGAGUUUAGACAACCAUGCCGAUUGCCAGCGAAGAGAAUAGAAAAUCCACAAAAUGUUGAAAUGACAUUAAAGCUGAAAGAUGCCAUUAGUGGCCGAAUUCGUUUUUUGCCAACCCAAGGCCCUGGAGAAAAGACAAAACAGACAGAUAGCCCAAAGAACAGUAGCCAACAGUGGGCUGAGGAUGGUGAUAAAAGUUCUAAAAGACCCCAAACAGCUGCCUCUAGAACAUCCAAGAAAAAGACUGCAGUUACUAAAAGAUCGAGGUCCGCAGACUCUCUUCGUAAUAAAGCAGAAGAUCCUACACUCAUUGAACUUGAGAGAACUCAAAAGUACCUCAACCAAAAGCUGGAAAGGAUGACAAAGGUUAAGGGAGAAGGAAAUAUAAGGCAAGGUUCCUCCAAGAAAACUCAACAAUGCCAAACACAAAACAUUUCAUCAAUUACUGCUGACAGGCAGCGAUCUUUGAACAGGAACAUUUUCUCUCCAAAUAAUCAAAGAAAGGCAUGCAAUGCAAAAGUAGAGCAAGCAACUACACAGAAUGAUUCAGAGAAAGUGGCUAAUGAAAAGGCAAAGGAAAAAGACAAGAAAGCUCCACCUGUUAAAGGAUCUGUUAAGAUACCUGUGCCAAGCCCUCCAUCAUCACCUCGCCAAUCUUCGGGAUUGUACAGGGAGAGGAAUUCUGUUCAAAAACUCAUUGACACAUUUAGUCAGGGAUUAGAGGAAAGCAAGCAGAUCCCAGAAAGUGUGAAAAUUCUUGGACCACUUAAGGGUGUAAGAAAGUGUGGUGUUCCAAUUAUUCCAGGUUUAGGUCCCUCUGGCACAUUAGCAUUCAUUGAUAAUAAUAUACUUUGUGGUCGAGGAGAGUCACAAUGUUUAGAUAGGACAGACGAUCUUGACAUUGACAAUCUGCCACCUCCUCCACUGGAGGUACUCAUGGACAAUUCUUUUGAAAAUGUACAGACAAAAGAAAAGUGUGAAAACAUAAGCAGGGGCCGAUCCACCCUUCCAAAAAGGACUGCAAUGUCCCAGAAGUUACGAGCCUCUCUGCCGUCUGUCACCGUGCUACCCAAUAGAGGAAAUUUAGUUAAGGGUCCUGUUAGCAUGUCACAAGUUUGUUCCACACAGAUUGAUACCAGGGAAGUCGUAAAGGGUGCUCACUUUGAUUCCAGCCAUGAAACAGACACAGAAAGUGAAGAGGCAGCCUCCCUUUACAAACAAGCAAGAAAAAUAAUACAUUUAAGACAUUCCUCUGACUCACCGAUGGAGAAAAAUACAUCUGAGCAAGACAACAGGCAGCUUUCUUCCUCCUGCCGAGGUGAUGUAGGAGAACAAAAGGAUAACAGUACAAAUGAAACAAUGCCAAAUAGUGCCUGCAGAAGCCAAAACACUGUCACUUCACCUGUAUCCAGGACUCGUGUGUUACCAUCCACACCUCUGUUACAUCGGAAACUUCCUAGUCCCCCAGUAUUGAAAAGCCAACCCUCUUCUUCAACUUCAUCUAGUCCUCCUACAAAUCGUAAACUUCCUACUACACCUUCUGCUGGACAACGAACACUGCCAAGUACACCUGUGGUGCAGCAAGACCACAACCCCAUCACAAUGACAGGGGUCACCUAUCCCUUUAAGGCACCAUCGCCCCCUGCUUCUCCAAAAGUGCAGCGAUGGUCCCGAGAAAACAGUACCGAGGAUACUUCAAGAGUUUUUAGUAAUGCACGAUCAGUGUUUUGCCCAGCCUCAUCGUCCUUAUUUGAGGCUCAGUCCGUUCCUACACCUAAGCCACCUCAAGCAUGGACCUCCACUGGUAGCAGUGUUUUGCCUCGUCCUUGGGGUGAGCGGGGUCGGCUGCCAGUGUCUGCACGAGGGCCCCAGCCAUUCAUCCGCCGCAGCCAGUCAGACAGAAGGCCCAGUCUCAGCAUGUCAUCCAGGGUGCCUGUCAUCUCCGUGGCAGAGACAUGUGGGAGUGAACCAGCAAUUUGCACCCAUGGGUUGGAAGAAGGACCAGACAGAGAAGACAAACCAUGGAGUGAGCAAACCGAAAUCCGAGGUGCAGUUCGGUCUGUUUCACAUCCAGACUUGUGUAUCGUGGGUCAGGGUUUACAGAGGGAAUGGGAGAAAUGA